CUCGUUUCUCUCUUUGACUGAAUCUGAGACCCACAAGGUGCCUCCAUGGCGUUCUGGAACUCCAUGGGUGAGCACAGCAGCCAUCAGUUACCUGGGCAUGGAAUGUUGCCACUGGUUGCCAGGGGCACUCCUGGUUCCAAGGUUCUGUUGGCACGGAGUCUGUUGAGCCAGUUGAGGGAUUCUCUGCUGCGCAGCAGACGCAGAGCAUCCUUCUUCUCCAUCCCGCGAGGGAAUAGAGAGCGAUUUGGUGACUUUUGCAGGCCAAACUCUGGACUGACCGUACAGGUGAGUGCAGACGAUUCGUGGAAAGGCUUCUGAUGCUGAGGGGCUGGGCUGGGCUGCAGGAUGGGCUGCAGGUGGGCUCAAGUACCAGAGUCAUGGACUUUGCCUCUAGCUUUGGACAGGAACUGGAGACUUGGGAAUGGGAGUCUUAGGGCAUGGGAGUGUUCAAGAAAACUGGCAAUCCAAAUGGAUAAUCUCACCUCUACUUUUCUAAUAGGUUUGGUGAGCAAUUUUCUGUCACGCUGAAAAAUCUGCAGUGGGCUGCCUGAAGGAACUGAAGGGAUUGGUCACAUCCCUGACAUUCCUUUUUUGGAGUUUGUCCCGCUUCUUUUGGUGGUUGUUUUUGAUCACCAAACACCAUGAGCUCACGUCAGCGAAAGCGCCCUGGAGGAGCAGUUGAUUCCAGACCAGCUCGGAAACGGAGCCGGCUGCUGCCCUCCAGCGCAGGUGGAACUUCGCAGAUGGAGCCAAUAGACCUGGAGGAAAGUGGCACACCUGCUUUUGAGCCUGCUGCUGGAGAAGUCAUAGAUCUCACAGGUGUCUCUUCUGAGCCUGAAGUCAUCACUAUCAGUGAUGAUGAGUCUCCUGUGGACAGGCAGCAGAGCCAGCAGCAGCCACAUCUUUCCAGAGUGUCAGAGAAUUCAGCCGAGCCACUGGCAAAGAACGAUGAAGAGGAACCUGGAGAAGAUGAUGGUGCAUGGCCAGCAGGUCCUUCUGGUCCUCCAGUGAGGGAGGGUGACAACUCACAGGUGCAGGACAAGGGGCAGAGCCAGCAGCACUCACUUGGCCCCAGCGACACCGAGAAUUCAGCUGAGCUUCGGGCAAGUGACAGUGAAGAGGAACCAAGUGAUAAUGAUGAUGCAUGGAUGACAUGUCUCCUGAGUCCUUCAACUUGUGAGGAUGACAAUGCAGAGAGCCAGCAAGACCCACUUGAUUCCAGAGCAGCAGAGAAUGCAGCUGAAGUACUGGCAGAUGAGAAUGAAGAGGAACCACAAGAUAUUGAAAGGCCCUCUGCUAGUCUCCUCUGCGUGAUUUGCAUGAGUUGUUACUCACAGCUUGUUGAAGUUUAUCAACAGCAAAGGAGAAGGGCCACCCUGAACAGCCAGGAACAGGUGGAUGCCUCUGCUAAUGGAACGGGAGCUAAUGAUGCACCUGUGGCUGACUCAGCCCCUGCAGAACAGGGAGCAGCAGAGGAGGGAGCUGCACUUUCAGAUUCUGUUUCCUCCAGUGCACAGCAAGGAGGUGUCAUUAGGUGUCCAAUUUGCAUGGAUUCUUACUCAGAGAUUAUGCAAAGUGGACGACUGAUUGUGACAACCCUAUGUGGCCAUGUCUUCUGCAGCGAGUGCCUCCCUGUUGCCCUGGAGAUUCUCGGCAGGUGCCCAACCUGCAGAAUGGACCUCACUCCAGACCUAUACCAUCCCAUUUAUAUAUGAGUUCUUCUCUUCUCAGGACAGAGUGAGAUGGAUCCUGGCCAAUAGGCAGCGCAGAGACUUGUUUCUUUAUGUAUAUAGUUCUUCCUGUAUAUAGUUUCACUUUUGAUAAAUUCAAUUAUAAAAAAGGUUUUCAUUGAUUUAAAUAUAGUCUCUCUGCUCUUCUGUCUGCACUGUGCUGAUAGACAGAGAUGUUGUUUAAAAGGUGGAAAUAAGGCUCUUGAUUGGAGCAGUCAGAAGCUCAUUCUUUUCAUCUCCCUGUAGUCAUUGAUUUGGGGGCAAUGUGCUAAAGCCAUAGGCUUUGCAGCUCUUGUGGCCAGUGCGUGUUGUACGGAGAAAAAGAAACACAGCCUGCUUGGGGUGAGAGGGAUUAAAUUUCUCAGGCCAGACUCUGGUGGAUGCUUUGGUGAAAAUGUCAUGACUUUAUUGCUCAGAAGAUGGAAAGAGUAGCAGGUUGUGCACACAGCCAAAGAAAGCAAUGUUCUUUGAUAAAAACUGGUACAUUAACAAACUGCUGCAUUUAGAUUUCUCAAGGAAGCUGCAGAGUUAAAUGGAAAUAAUAGAUGUUUCAGGUUAGAGGGCUUCUAAGAGGCCUUCAUCUCAUUUGCCCAGGGUUAGAAAUGAGAGUGACAUCCAUAGAGGUUCCUUGAGUUGUCCUUCUGGCUGAAAGAUUUAUUUUUCUGAAAUUUUUGGAAACCACUCCAGUCUUCACAACCUUUCAAGGACAAUAAGCAGCCGCCUCAUGAUGAUGCCAGCCUGCUCUCCCUGGACUCUCAGAUGGGUCCUAUUUACUUGUAUGGACUUGUAUGAGUUAGAGAACUGCACCCAAGUAGGGUAAAAGUUUUGGCUGUGGUAGCAUGGGAAAUGGCAAACAUGGAGGAAAUGGGUAAGUUUUCUGACCUCUGAAAUAAACAUGGAUAAGUCUAAAUUUGUGGUAGGUGAGGGACAGGCAAACGGAAGAUCUC